AUGGAGAAUCUACACGCACCGACCGUGCCUUCGGGGCCUAGCAGCAAUGCGGCAAUGAAUGGGAACAGCACCCACUUGAGCUUCAACCAGCUCCAAUGCAAGAAGAACGAUGUAGAGGCCCAGCUCCGGACACUCGGAUCAGUUCUGGACUCAAUCAUCCGACUGCGGAAUGAUUACAAGGAGAUUAUGAAGUCCAUUGAAAAGCACCUUCAUGAACAUUUCGCCAGCCUGAACGACGCACCUGCACCGGCAGCAGGUGAGAGCCUCCCCAGCGAGCCUCUUCCUGAUUCGAUACCCGAGCAACUAGAUCCGACCUUCGCCCGAGUGAACACAGUGGCGCCCAACAGCCCUGCCGAAGCGGCGGGACUGAAACCCAACGACGAGAUCCGCAGCUUUGGUUGGGUGAAGCGGUCAAACCAUGAUAACCUACGCAAGGUCGGGGAAGUAGUCCAGGCCAACGAAGGACCACGGACAGACAAUGGCCAUGGGCAUACGGCGUAG